UAUGUCAAAUAACAUUUUCGUUUGUUAGCAUUUUGACUUAGUGCUCUUUAGAUUUAUUGAUGCAUGAUAAGUGCCGAUGCUUACUGACGUAAAAUUGUAAGAACAAGAAGGGUAAUUUAAGGAGAAAGUGAAGGAUGACACUUUUGCCGCUGUGGUUCAAGGGACUCACCCCGGAGUUGCAGAAGAGAGCCGAGACGACCCUCGGGGAAACUUCGCAUGCCAAAGCGAAAGCCCUGGUGGAUUUCAGGCGCCUCAUCAAUGAACAGCCCGAUAUAUACUCUCGGUUAGACGAGGUCUUUUUGCUGCGGUUCCUGCGCACAAAAAAGUACGAUGUCCAGAAGGCCUUCAAGAUCUAUUGCAACUACUACCAUUUCCAGUCCAAGCAGAGGGGGAAAUUCACGGGCUUCAAGCCUUCCGACAUGAAGAAAGUGAUAGAAAUGAACAAUAUACUUUACAUGCCAUACAGAGUGCCGCCGGGAUCACAUGUAGCUAUAUUUCGAAUGGGCGCUUUUGAUGUGACGAAGGCGACAGCGCAGGACAUGAUAGCCACAGUAUUCAUGAUCGGAGAAAUGAUUCUGGACACGGAGGCCACGCAGGUAUGCGGUGGCAUCAUAAUCAUCGACGCAGAAGGGUUAACGCUGCAACAUUACAGGCAGUUUGUGAAUCUACAGUUCCUAACUUUGACUCUAAAUCUUGUACAGGACUGUUUACCUGAAAGAUUACGAGCUAUUCACUUUGUACACGAGCCAUUUCCAUACCACGCCAUUUACAAGCUCAUGCAGCCGCUGUUGAAGAAAAAGAUUAAGGAAAGGCUGCAUUUUCACGGAAACAAUAUGAGCAGUCUUCACAAAUAUGUUCCGAAGGACUUUCUUCCCGAGGAACUCGGGGGCAACAUGGGACCUUUCAACAACAAGGAAUUCGCCGACUACUUCUUUAGUCAGGAGACCUUCAUUGACAGGAUAAACAAAUACGGUAUUAUCGAGAAAAUGAAAAAUGGCAAAUAAAAGCAGAAUUUGUUUUUUAUAUGUUUAACUUUUAUUUCUUAUGAGGAUACAAAAAAUUGUUCGCUUGAAAUCUUUCGAUUUAUGUUCCAUUAUUUUCUUUUCGUUUGAAUCUGAAGAAAAGUAUUCGGAGAAAAUAUGAUUCAUGAGAAUAAUUUAUGAUGAAGCAUUUUUAUUAUCUUUUUAAUAUCAUUUUUGUGUGUUAUAAUUCAAUGUCUGAACAUUUAAUAUAAAACCAUUUUUCAUAAUUGUUUAUUUGCUCAUUUUGCAUACUCUAUUCCCUCUCUCAGGUUUUUGUAAUAAAGUUUGUUUUUGAGUUGCCAA